AUGGAUGGAAUGAGUAGCUUCAGAGUGGUUCGAAUCCACAAAAGACAAAUCCAAGACACUACUAAUCUUGAAUUGGAGAUAUUCUCUUCAGACUCAUGGAAAUGGACACAAACCAUUGUAUCGACUAAGGAACAGAAACCAUUAUACUUUUCUCCUAUAGUUUCUUGCAACGGAAUACUCUACUGGACGUACGUUGAUCGUGCCAAUAUUUUCGCCUAUGAUCCAUUCACCAACACUGAUCAUUUUCGUAUCAUAACACAGCCCAAGGACAAGGAUAAGUAUCACGGUGUCAAACAUAGCUUAGGAAAGCGGCAUGGCAUCCUCAGCUUCACUCAAUGUUAUGCUUCCACCCUCAGCAUUUGGGAACUCAAGGACUAUAGUGGGCUUGAAUGGUCCUUGGUGCACAAGGUUGAUCUGAACACUAUGAAAUUGGAUCACCGAACGAUUCCGGCAAUUCACCCCAUUUAUGGAGAUUUAAUAUAUCUACAUAUUCGUCGUACAUUUGUACUCUGCAACAUGAGGACCAGAACUUUGAAAGAAGUAUGUUCUCUCAUCCCCUACUGCACGUAUCCAGUGGUCUCUCCGUUUGUGCUCCCAUUCUGGCCUACACCAGUUCCAGUUCCUCUACGCCAACGGAAUGUCCUUCGGUAA